AUGGGGCAGCCGGGGGUGCCCCUGGCCCUGCUGGGGCUAGGGCUGUGCUGGGCAGUGGCGGCCGAGCGGCACACGGUGUUCUGGAACAGCUCCAACCCCCGGUUUCUGUGGAGUGACUACACGGUGGAGGUUCGUCUCAAUGACUACCUGGACAUUAUCUGCCCCCACUACGAGGAGGGCAGCGUGGACCCUCGGGCCAUGGAGCGCUACACCCUGUAUCUGGUGGAGCUGGAGGAGUACCAGGCCUGCAAGCCUAGCUCCAAGGAGCAGAUCCGCUGGGAAUGCGACAAGCCCAGCGCCCUGCACGGCCCCGAGAAGUUCUCAGAAAAGUUCCAGCGCUUCACUCCCUUCACGCUGGGCAAGGAGUUCAGGGAGGGGCACAGCUACUACUACAUCUCCAAGCCCAUCCACCACCACGGUGAAGCCUGCCUGAAGCUGAAGGUGACGGUGACAGGCAAAGGCACUCCAGCACCGCCUGCCCCGGCCUCGACACAGAAAGGGAGGAUCCAGGCAGAUGAUGCGGCCGCACACGUGCUGAGGAGCGUGGGGCAGAACUCGGCCAUGCGCAGCAGCAGCCGACCCUUCACCUUCAUCAGCCUCCUCCUGCCUCUCCUGGUACCGCAGGGGCUCUGAGCUGCCCCACGUGCCUGGACCCACCGAGGCUGUGGCCACUGGGGACCCCCGUGGUCCCUGCUCAUCUGGCCCGGGUGCCCUGCCCUGCGCACAUCUGGGCGACAAAAGGAUUUGUCAGUAUUACGGGGCUGGACGGCCCAAAGCCAUUGGAGCAGCUGGAGCCUUCGGGCUUCCCUGGCCCUUCCAGGAUGGUCCUGGCAGCCAGAGGCCAAGAGGGAGCCUGGAGCUGGAGGGACUGAAGUGCCCCAGACUGGAGAGGGGCAGGGGGCUGGCACCCCUGCCCCGCAGCUGAGGUUGCCCACCACCCUCGGGGCUCUCCCCGUGGUGGGCUCGAACUGGAAUGUGUCCUGCAGGCGGGGACAUGGGGGUGGCCAGGUGACACCGGUGCAGGGGGCCACUUAACCCCAGUAUCAGUGCCCGGGGCGCACAGACAGGCUGGAGAUGCCCUGCAGCCAGGGGAGCGGGGUUAUGAGAAACAUCCCACUUCUCAACCUGCUGCACCCCUUCCCCAUCCCUCCCCUCCGCUGGGUGCCGGAGGGGCCCCCCAGCACCCCUUUUUGUACAGCUUUCUAACACGAGACUUUUUAUACCAUUGUCGGGAAUAAAUAACCAAAACCAUGCUGAGCUCCUGA